GAGUGCUUCAGAAAUACAGGGACCUUUCAGAAAACAAAUUAAAUAAAAAGAAGGGAAACAUAUUGACUGUCGCUAUAAAAACAGAUUAUAGCUCUAACAUUAAUGCAUUUGUUGAAUUAACUCUAAGGAUUAUGAUAGUGUGUUUUAUCGUACACACAAUCUCUUUAUAUCUAAAGCAGUAUCAGUUUAAUGUACUGUUUACUUGUGCCAGCAUUUCGCUGCUACUCUGAAUCUAGACCGUGUUCGUGGAGGUGCACGGAGGGAAUCGCCUUGGGAAAUCUCUCCUGCAUUAAACAGCACCCAGACAGCAUGGUCUUUGGCUAACAGCCCCGUUCCAGGAAAGAUAUUACCUUUGAACCAAAGCCUUACGCGCGCCUGCUCUUCUUACCUUGGGGAAGAGGGUGAUGGUUUUGCUGCGUGCUCUGCGGAGAUAAAAUAUUCCAAGUGCCCUUUCCGGAGUGGAGAUGUUUGUGUUUUUGCUCCUGUUCUGCCUCGCUGAUGGGGUAGUUUCGCAGAUCCGUUACUCUGUGCCCGAGGAAGCAGAGCAUGGCACGUUUGUGGGAAAUAUCGCAGAGGAUUUGGGACUGGACCUUACCAAACUUUCAUCCCGCCGCUUUCAGGUGGUGCCCAGCUCGCGGUCGCCAUACCUGGAAGUAAACUUGGAGACUGGAGUGCUUUUCGUGAACGAGAAAAUUGACAGGGAGCGCAUCUGUAAGCAGAGCACCAGCUGUUUGCUUCAUCUAGAAGUGUUCCUGGAGAACCCGCUCGAGCUCUUCCGCGUGGAGAUAGAGGUGGUGGACAUCAACGACAACACGCCGAGCUUCCCGGAGACGGACAUCACCGUGGAAAUAUCCGAGAGCGCGACCCCUGGCACGCGCUUCCCUUUGGAGAGCGCAUUCGACCCGGAUGUCGGUAGUAACGCACUGCGCACCUACGACAUCACCAAUAACAACUAUUUCAACUUAGAUAUGCAAACUCAGACUGACGGCAACAAAUUCGCCGAGCUGGUUUUGGAAAAGCCACUGGAUCGGGAACAACAGGCGACGCACCGUUAUGUUCUCACUGCCGUGGACGGUGGCCAGCCACCUCGGACUGGGACAGCUCUGCUUGUGGUUAGGGUGCUCGACUCCAAUGACAACGUACCCGUGUUUGAUCAGCCGGUGUACUCUGUGAACCUGGCUGAGAACGCGCCCGUGGGCACACUUGUGAUCCAGCUUAACGCGACAGACUCUGAUGAGGGCCCGAACGGAGAGGUAAUUUACUCAUUCAGCAACCACAUCUCGAACAGAGUGAAGGAACUGUUCGAUAUUGACGCAAGAACUGGCCGGAUAGAGGUCAGAGAUGAGGUGGACUUUGAGGAGAGUAGCCUGUAUCAGAUUUACGUUCAAGCGAAAGACAUGGGACCUAAUGCUGUGCCCGCGCAUUGUAAAGUUUUAGUAAAAGUGGCAGAUGUGAAUGACAAUGCGCCAGAGAUUGUCUUCAGCACCGUCACGGAGUCCGUUAGUGAGAACGCUGCCACGGGCACCGUCAUCGCUCUGAUCAGCGUCACCGAUCAAGACUCUGAGGAGAACGGCCAGACCCAUGUUGAGAUUCUCGGCGACGUUCCUUUUAAACUCAAAACCUCGUUCCGAAAUUAUUACACUAUUGUCACCGACGGUCCUCUCAACCGAGAGAAUGUAGAUGCGUACACUGUCACUGUGGUUGCGCGGGAUAAAGGAGUUCCAUCGCAAUCGACCAGCAAAUCAAUGAAAGUGCAUGUGUCCGAUGAGAAUGAUAACGCGCCCACGUUUACCCAGCCUACUUAUGAUGUGUAUGUGACUGAAAACAACGUCCCCGGUGCUUAUAUUUACGCUGUCAGUGCCGUUGACCCUGACAUAGGACAGAAUGCUUAUAUAACUUACUCAGUAGUAGAGUGUGAGAUCCAGGGUAUGUCUGUGGUCACUUACGUGUCAAUCAACUCGGAGAAUGGUUAUCUUUACGCCCUCAGAUCCUUUGAUUAUGAGCAACUAAAAGACUUUAGCUUCAUUGUUCAAGCCAGAGACUCGGGAAGCCCUGAACUGUGGUCCAACGCCACAGUAAAUGUAAUUAUAGUGGAUCAGAACGAUAACGCGCCGUCUGUGAUUGCGCCUCUUGGAAAAAAUGGCACUGCGCGGGAGCCUUUGCCGCGCUCUGCCGAACCAGGUUACUUGGUGACGCGCAUUGUCGCCAUGGAUGCAGAUGAUGGAGAGAACGCGAGGUUGUCCUAUAGUAUACAGAGAGGUAACGAGAAUGGCAUGUUCCGAAUGGACUGGCGCACCGGGGAGUUGCGCACGGCCCGUAGGGUGUCAGCCAAGAGAGACCUGCAACAGCUUUAUGAGCUGUUGAUUGAGGUGAGAGAUCACGGGCAGCCUCCCAUGUCCUGCAGCGCAGUGGUGCAGGUGACACUCGUGGAAAGUCUCGUGGAAGGCCACAGUGGAGAGCGCGGCUCAGCCAAGGCCAAAGACGCGUCUCUGGACUUGACACUCAUUCUCAUCAUAGCGCUUGGCUCUGUCUCCUUUAUUUUCCUCCUGGCCAUGAUUGUACUGGCCGUGCGCUGUCAGAAGGACAAAAAGUUGAACAUUUACAGCACUUGUCUGGCGAGCGACUGCUGCUGCCUUAUAGGCUGUAGGUCGUGCGGGUCAGGUGGCUGCUGCGGGCGUCAGGCCCGGGCUACCCGAAAAAAGAAGAAACUGAGUAAGUCGGACAUCAUGCUGGUCCAGAGCACCAAUACAGCCAACGUGAGCGUGGCGAGCGCUGCGCAGGUGCCCGUGGAGGAAUCGGGGAGCUUCGGUUCACUUCAUCAGAGCCAAAAUUAUUGUUACCAGGUCUGCCUGACCCCAGAAUCGGCUAAAACGGACCUGAUGUUCCUGAAGGCCUGUAGCCCGUCCCGCAGCAAUGACACCGAGCACAAUCCGUGCGGAGCCAUAGUGGCCGGUUAUACUGACCAACAGCAACCUGACAUCAUAUCCAACGGCAGCCUGCUCUCCAGUGAGACAAAACACCAGAGAGCAGAGCUAAGUUACUUGGUGGACCGACCAAGGCGUGUUAACAGCUCAGCGUUCCAAGAGGCGGAUAUCGUGAGCUCAAAAGACAGUGGUCAUGGAGACAGCGAACAGGGAGACAGUGACCAUGACGCCAUGCAUCGCGGGCAUUCCUCUGGAGCAGACCUGUUCUCCAACUGCACGGAGGAGUGUAAGGCCCUCGGCCACUCAGAUCGCUGCUGGAUGCCAAGUUUUGUGCCCACCGAGGCUCGACAGGGCGCCGAUUACCGCAGCAACCUGCAUGUGCCAGGCAUGGACUCUGUACCCGACUCUGAGGUAUUUGAGGGCGAGAAGUUGGCGGGUGAUCAGUUAUUCUCCACCUUUGGCAAAGAGAUGCCACACCACCCCAACCAGAUGCACCAACAUCAACAUCAACACCACCAACAUCAACACCACCUCAAUGCCUCCACACUAGAGAGGAAAGAGUUCGAUGCACUUCUGUGUAACUCGCGCAUGCCUUACAAAGCCGCCUGUCUGUCGCGGAAAAGGAUUUGCUAGCUCUUUCCGAGUAGACAUACCAGAGACAGCGUGAUUUUGCACAAUCAGUGAAACUGAUGGAAAAGUGAAGAGCAUCAAGUUUUCAGACUCUUUUUCCAGAGGUGUCAGAUCAUGUGUUCCCGAAGGCUUCUGAUAAAAAAAAAACUUGAUGUAAGAGUCGGACUCACAGAGCUAGAUAGAAAGCCAGAUGGCUGGACACAACACGCUUCUCAGCAGGACUGAGAUGGAAUGGAGGACAAAACUGAACCAUUGGAAAAAAAAAUCAUACAAAAAAACCUUGAGGAUUGGAAGACAAGGAGAGAAACAAGAGGAUGAUUGGUCCUCUUGGGUUCUGAGUGUGCCUGUUUACAGCACUACUGUACAUCGUAAAAAAAGCAAAACAAUUGUGAAAGAUGAAAAGAACCAACAACGAAAACUACACAAAUGGAGAUAUAUUCACUGAGCCCUUUAGUUGUUUAUGAACACACACACACACACACACACACACACACACACACACACACACCACUGAAAAGCCAAUUGUACAGGAAUGCAUUUGUGCAUUACAAAUGCAAAAUUGUUCUUUUAGACAUGACUGUUUUUAUAUUCUGUGUGCGGUUGUGUGUGUGAUCAGGUGUUUUUCUUAUACCAACUCUUUGUGAAAAGAGAAAAAAACGGUUUCCACGGAGGGAUUUCUUUCCGUCAGGGUUUAGUGUUUCACGUCUUGAGCGAGACAGCAGUGGCCUAAUCUUACUCUCUCAGACAAGACGUAGGUUAUAUCACGUGUGAGAAGUCUUAACUGUACUCUUUUAAACUCCAAAAUAAAUAUAAAUCUAUAUCUAUAAAUCUAUCUAUAUUAAAUUUUUUCUGAAAGUGCGGUCUUCAUUUGCAGCAUAUUUUCCAGUGUAGUGUGUAAGGCUUCUUGAGGGAGCCAACAGCAUCAGUAAUCCACUUUACAGGGGUUCUUAAUGUGACAGAAAGCCUUAUCUCCAAAUUUUCAUCCAUUUUUUCCACUUUUGGAUAUUGAGAUUCAUGUCUGUAAAUCAAAAGAGAAGUAAUAAUCUAGAUUUGGAUACAUGGCAGUUGUGUAUUACUAUAGCCAAAUAGGUUAUUUUGGAAAUUUGAGGCCAAAUAUGAGAGGUGCACAUAUUGCAAAGCAAACAUAUACUGAUACUGAUAUUUUACAAACACAGAAAUAACAGUUACACACAUGCACACAAACACCUUAAUGUCAGGUGACAAA